CUCCAACUCAAAAGUCUGUUGAUGAAUUUAGGAAGUAGGUCGAAACAAGUCUGACAGAGUUCAACAGCAGCCAGAGGUUUAAAACUCAGAAACAUUUUGUGAAAGAGAUGCUCGGCUGCUUGUGGUGAGUUCACGGUCACUCGCCGUGAGCAGAAACAUGGUUGUGUUGCGUUCAGAGUCCUCAGUAUUGUGGCUCCUUGUUAUUGCUGUGACAGCUCAUGUCAGUGGAGCUGCAGGGAAACCGAAACUGCUCGACUAUGGGGCGAGCUGUGAGUCUGAGGACAGCGCCAUCAGCCUGAGGUCCAGUAAAACCUCCUCAGCGCUAGAACCGGAGCCAGGAGACCCUGCAAACGCGUUCACUGUCCUGACUCUGGACGGGGAGUUCUCCUACCAGCCCGGUGCUCUGCGGGGAGCCCUCAUCAUUCACGCCUUCUCCAACAAGUCCGGGUUCCUGGAGUGUCUGUGGAGCUCGGAGUCGUCCCUGAGCAGCCUGGUGGAGGAGCUGCCCAACAGCACCCAGGUCCUGUUUCUGUCCCUGGAUGACUCCGCGUUCAGUGAUGCUCUCUGGAUGAAGGAGCAGGUGCAGCGGGUCGCCAUGCACAGGAAUAAGGAGGUUCUGUCCAGGCUGCACUUCUCUCCGGUGCCGGUCUUCGCUCUGGGUAACUGGAUACCCAACGUGCUUUACUACUGGCGCUGCUGGGCACGCAACUGUAUCUACGCCCAGGCUGUUUUCAAAUCCGAGGGGUGGAACAUGCCCGUGAUCGUCAAGAGACUGGAUGCCAGGUAUGACUGGCUCAUGAAGCUCUGGGAUAGAAAGUCGUAUCAGCUGACUGAUGCAGGUGACGGGUGUCAACCUUCCCCCUCGGUGGCGGGUGCUGUGGCCUGGGUGUCUGAGGGAAACUGCUCUUUCUUUACUAAGGUGGAGAGCAUGGCCAAAUCCAAUGCCUCCGGUGUCCUUGUCUACGCUCUGCCCGGUAAUCCGAUCCAGGACAUGAACUGUGUUGAGGAUGAAUGCGACACAACGCUGGACAUCCCUGCUGCCAUGGUGCACAUGGAGGGUUCGGUCACUCAGGCGCUUGAGUUUGGACAGCUGGUGUAUGUCUCCUUCCAGAACACCCCAUCCCCGAACUUCUUCAUCAGUAUCGACCAUCAGGGGGCGCUGGCUGAGAUGGGCUGGUCUCUGUACCCUUCGUUCAGCUUCGUCAACUGGCAGGCACAGUGGUUCGAUUUCUACGCCGACCUGCAGACCAAACUUCAAAGUCCUGCAAAGGUUGUUCCUGUUUUUGACAAAGUCCAAAUGCAGGGGGAGACGGGAGCGGUGGCCACGGUCGACCUGCCUUUAGCCCUGUCGAGCUUUGACACCCUGGAGCUUGACGCAGCGUUGUCGUGUCCUGGCAAGAAAGACUCGUCCUGCGCUCACUGGGAUCACACAGUGCAGCUGUUCAUCUGCUGCGAUCCUCUCGGUCCGUACUGCGACACGGAGCUGGGCAGAUGGAUCACUGCCUUCCGCAGAGGCACCGGACGCUGGCUGACAGACGUGUCCCCUCUGAUCCCCCUGCUGGACAGCAACAAAUGCACCCUCACCAUGAAGACGGUGCCGUGGGCGAUGCCAUGGUUCGUCUCCCUCAACCUGAGAUUCAGUGUCAGCAAUCGCACAGAUAAUGGUGCAGAGAAGCUCCGCCCCUUCAGAGUGAUGCCACUGUACAGCGGGGGAACCUUUGACAGAGACUACAACAAGAGGUUCCAUCCAAUCAAAGUCUCCGUCCCGGUGUCGACCAAAAAGGUGGAGCUGUACGCUGUCAUCACGGCCCACGGCUACGAUGAAAACAAAUGUGGAGAGUUUUGUGUCACUUCUCACCACUUCUUGAUCAAUGAUGUUUUUAACAACACACUGACAUUCGAUUCAGCAGGAACACCUCUGGGCUGCACUCUGACGGUGAAAGAGGGCGCCGUACCAAAUGAACACGGCACGUGGCUGUACGGGCGUGGAGGCUGGUGUGAUGGACUACAGGUCAACCCCUGGAGGACGGAUAUCACCAAACAGCUGAACAUGAGCGAGUUUGAAUCCAACACGGUCGUCUACUUCGGCCUGUUCAACGGGACAGAUCCUAAUCCAUCCAAGGAGCCCGGAUACAUCAUCAUGUCGUCUUUCUUUGUCUUUUACAAAUGACGCCGCUCUGUAAAACUCUACAUUGUGAAUGGUGAUGUGAACUUCCGAAUGUGUCGUGUGUGUGUACAAUCAACGUCAGAGAUUAAAUUUCUAUUUUCCUACUGCU